AUGUCGAAUCCAUCGGGUAUUUCUAUCGCAGACGAAUGCAUGUCUGCAUUCAAUCAACUCCGAUCAGGACCAGAGGCCACCAGGCCCAAGUUCAUCAUCUACAAGAUCUCCGACAACAACAAGAGCGUUGUGGUCGAGGAAACAUCCACGGUGAAAGACUAUGAGUUCUUUCGCCGGAAGCUGUCAGCUGCAGUCGACAAAGAUGGUAACCCAGCACCACGGUAUGCCAUCUACGACAUGGAGUAUGAUCUUGGGAGCGAAGGGAAGCGUACCAAGGCUGUCUUCGUCCAUUGGGGUCCUUGCCAUGCGUCUAUCAAGCUGUCCAUGCUCUAUGCUAGCAGUGUGCAACAAUUCAAAAGAGCCUUUGGCCUCAACGUCUCUUUUUUUGCAGACAGCCUGGAAGAGCUUGAAUGGGCGGUUGUCUUGAAGGAGGUCAGUGGGGGCCAGGCAUAG